GCGCCGCCGCGCCGAUGCCGCGGCGAGCGCGGCGGGCGGCGGCCGCUGCCGCGCUGGGCGGCGCGCUGGCGGGCGGCGCGGGCGGGCCGAGGGCGGAGGUCUGCAGCUACGAGGUGGAGCUGGCGGGCGGAGGCGUGGCAACCCUGCAGGCGCCGCUCGGGGCGGACGGACGCCCCGACGCGGACGCCGCGGCCCUGGUUGACGGGGAAUCGGUGUGCCCCUCGCAGGAGCCGGCUUCUACGCAACACUUCGCGCUCGCCUACGGCGCGGUCGUCCGCGAAUUUUGGGAUGCGGGGUGCCUGGGGGAGUUCUUCAUGGACCCCGCGGGGCGGCGCGGGCGCGCCCCGGCGGCGCACGCGGCCGCCGCGUGCGAGGCCUUCCGGCGCGCCAACCGCAGCGGCGAGCGGCGGGGGGAGGUCGGCGACUUUGUGCGCUGGCUGGCGUGCUACGGUGACGGGCGGCUCGUGCACAAGUGGGUCCACUACCUGGACGUCUACGAGCGCCACCUCGCCCGCUUCCGCUCUAAGCCCGUGGUGCGGAUGCUGGAGAUGGGCCUGGGCCUGGGCGGCUCGCUGCAGAUGUGGGCGGACUACUUCUGAUGGGCACAUCUGCAUAGUCCUGCAGGACCGCGCCCGGAGGAUCUUCAUCCACAUUGGCUCGCAGGGCGACCGCGCAUACCUGAACGAGCUCGCUGAGAGGCUUGGUCCGCUCGACAUCGUGCUGGACGACGCCUCGCACCACAGCGAACACAUGCGCAACGCGUUCGAGGCUUUCUAUCCGAGGAUGCAUCCGCACGGGGUGUACAUCGUCGAGGACGUGAGCGAAACGUACCGCGAGGGUGCGCAGAGCCCCUUUGUGGAGUACGCGCGCGGCCUCGUACACAAGCUCAACGCGUACAGCACCGAGCAAUUCGGGCGGGACUCUCCAGACGCGGUCACCAGGACCACGCACAGCAUCGCAUUCUAUGACUCCAUGGUGGUGUUCGAGAGACGUCCGCGCCGGCGGCCAGUGUCGCUCGUCCGUGGGGACCGUGCGUACUCCUCUGAAGAGGUGUACCGCUCGCGCGUGGGGUAGGGAAAAGGGCCUUCCUCUGACCACAAGCUGCU